AAAGGCCAAAACACGUCAGAUUGACUUCAAAUCGCGCACAGAGACAAAGAACCCCAGCAGCAAGAACAAGCACGCAAAAAUUAAUUUACACGCAAAUGAGUCGCACUCAAAAUUGCAAGCUUCAAGGAAAGUUUUCGACGGAGCCCAGAAGAGUUUAAGAACGGCGACCAUCUUUGAUUCUUUCAUACGUGCAGAACUCAUACCAUACUUUAAAAGAUUUCAACAUGGACCAAAAGGAACAGUUUUCCCCUCACAGCCAUAUUCCAUAUGGGGAAGCUGGGACAGGCUUCUACACUGAUAACACACUAGGAUGCUAUAACGUGAUACAAGAGGCAACUCCAUUGGUUCUGGAGUCAAUAAAAAACACGAACAUCAAGGGUGGAUCUGUGUUCACCAUAGCUGAUUAUGGGACAGCUGAUGGUGGAACUUCCAUGCCUAUUAUCUACGCUUGUGUCAAAGCAAUACGAGAGAAGUAUGGAGAAGAGCUAGCAAUCAAUGUAAUCUAUGAGGACCAACCAGUCAAUGAUUUUAAGUCUCUGUUCAUGAGAGUACAUGGUCAUAUCCCUGGACCACCAUCAUUUCUUCUGGACUUCCCCAAUGUGUAUGUAACAGCUAGUGGAACAGACUUCUACAGUCAAUGCUUUCCCAAAAAUACUGUUACUCUGGGGUUCUCUGCUACAGCAAUGCACUGGCUGCGUAAAAAGCCAUGCAGCAUAACAGGUGCUUUGCAUCAUACCAUGAUAACAAUCCCUGAAGAAGGGGAGAAGUUUCGUGAGCAGGCAGCUAAGGAUUGGGAACAGGUAUUACUGAAGAGAGCUGAUGAGCUCAUGCCAGGAUGUCAAAUGGUUCUUGUGCAGUUUGCUGUUGAUGAAAAGGGCCAGUUUCUUGGCAACACAGAUGGCAAUAAAGUAUCCAUGCAUCAUUUGAUGCGUGACCUGUGGAAAGGUUUUGUUAGCGAGGGCAAGAUAACGGAGGAGGAAUUUCAUCACACUACUUUUGUCAAUUACUAUCGCACACUUGAGGAAUUCAAGAAGCCUUUUGAGACAGACUCACCCGUUACUAAAGCUGGUUUGAAACUGGUUUCCAUGGAAACACGUGUGGUGCGCUGUCCAUAUAAACAGAGAUGGAUGACAGAGAAAGGCGACCCUAAAGAGCAUGCUAAACGAUAUGUACCUACCACGAGGACUUGGAGUAAUAGUACCUUUUUAUCUGGUUUAUCUGACUCUCGUUCGCCCGAAGAAAAAGCGAAGAUCGUUGACGAGUUUUUUCAGCGUUAUGAGGAUGAAGUGGCAAAGCACCCAGAGGAUCAUGGGAUGGACUAUGUACAUGCCUACAUUGUCGUAAAAAAAGAAUAAUUGUAAUUACCAAUUAUUGGUAAUUGGAGACCUUAGUCUUUUAUAGACUUUCGCAAAGUCCUUCCAAGCGCGCUAGGGCAAAAAAUGGUGGUUUUUUAGCCAUUAGACUCUGUUAUAUUGGUGGUUUUUUAGCCGUUAGACUCUGUUAUAUUGGUGGUUUUUUUUUUUAUUAAAAAAAUCUGUUUAAACUGUUA